CUGUGUGAAGCUCAAAGCAUCAUCUAGUUUGGACUAGCAAGACUUCAUGGCUACACAAGGCAGCGCCCGUCUAGCCCUCAUCGCGGCGCUCUCCGCCGUGUGCUUGCUGCCGGUUCUGGCCACCGCGCAGCUCCGGGUGGGGUUCUACCAGAAGACCUGCUCCAACGCCGAGGCGCUUGUCCGGCAGGCCGUUGCUGCGGCCUUCACCAAGGACGCUGGCAUCGCCGCCGGCCUCAUCCGCCUUCAUUUCCACGACUGCUUCGUCCGGGGCUGCGACGCCUCCGUGCUGCUGGCCACGAACCCAGGCGGGGGCAGGACGGAGCGGGUCGCCAUUCCGAACAACCCCAGCCUCCGCGGCUUCGAGGUGAUCGACGCCGCCAAGGCCGCCCUCGAACGGAGCUGCCCCCGCACCGUCUCCUGCGCCGACAUCCUGGCCUUCGCCGCGCGCGACAGUAUCACCCUCACCGGCAACGUGGUCUACCCUGUCCCCGCCGGCCGCCGCGACGGGAGCGUCUCCAUCGAGCAGGAGGCCCUCGACAACCUGCCCCCGCCCACGUUCACCGCGCAGCAGCUCAUCGACCGGUUCAAGAACAAGACCCUCACCGCCGAGGAGAUGGUCCUCCUCUCCGGCGCCCACACCGUCGGCCGCUCCUUCUGCGCCUCCUUCGUCAACCGCAUCUGGAACGGCAACACUCCCAUAGUGGAUGCAGGACUGAGCCCGGCUUACGCGGCGCAGCUGCGGGCGCUGUGCCCGUCGACCACGACGCAGACGACGCCGAUCACGGCGCCCAUGGACCCGGGCUCGCCUAACGUGCUGGACAACAACUACUACAAGCUGCUGCCGCGGGGCAUGGGGCUCUUCUUCUCAGACAACCAGCUGCGCGUCGACGGCAACCUCAACGGGCUGGUGAACCGCUUCGCGGCCAACGAGAGCUUGUGGAAGGAGCGCUUCGCGGCGGCCAUGGUGAAGAUGGGCCGCAUCCAGGUGCAGACGGGGAGCUGCGGCCAGGUACGCCUCAACUGCAACGUCGUCAACCCGACGUCGGUUCACCUCGAGGGAUCCGUGGAAGAGGAGGGCCUCGUCGCCACGAGCUAGACGAGACGCGGGCACCGAUCUAGUCCAUGUGCUUUCCCCGCCGGCCUCUUUCACUUGGGACUUGCAAAUUAUGAGUUUUUCACGAGUCGUCACCCAUGCCAGGAUGCGUAUGCAUGUGUGCGCUUUUAUUACUUUGUUAAGUACUACUAGUACUUGCCGCGUGUGCCAAGUUUGUUUUGUCGCCAAGCGGAAUUAAACUCUACUCCUUAAUUAUGCUCAUUUGAAUUGAA